AUGGCAGCUUUGGGAGCAGGAGUUAAGGCGAAAGCAGGCAAAAAGAACACAGCGACAACAAGUGUGAAAGGUCGGGUUGAAAAACCGCUACAGAAGGGAAUCCCAGAGAAGCUGGAAAAUGAUAACGUUGACGAAGGUCAAGAAGAGAACGCUGGUGAAGGGAGCGACGCCGACUCAGGAGACGCCAAUAGUGCCGAUGAUGAUGAUGCUGGUAAUGGAGAAGACGACUCGAGCGGUGAUGAACUUGUGCUAGACGAUGAAGAAGACGAUGACUUCCCUAAGAAGAAAAAGGCGAAGCUCAACAAACACGAUGAUGGAUCGUCGGGAUUCUCUACUGCAGUGAAUGCAAUUUUGGGAUCGCAUCUAAAGGCGCAUGCCCGUAAGGACCCUAUUAUGUCGCGCAAAAAGAACGCCGCGAAGAAGCUGGAGAGUGACAAGCUUGAACAGAAAGCUAAAAGAGCCAUUCUGGCCGAGAAGAAAAAGCUAUUAAACAAGACCAGAACGAAAGACAUAAUACCCACAGUAGCUGCGGAAACCGAAUCUGGUGCUGACAUUAGAGAGGUGCUUGAGAAGGAAAGGCGCUUACGGAAAGUUGCCCAGAAAGGUGUGGUUAAGCUGUUCAAUGCGAUCUUGUCAACCCAGGUUAAGACAGAACGGGAUAGCGCAGAAAGAGUAGGCGACAUUAAGAAUAGAUCUGAGAAAAAGGAGCUUUUAACCGAGUUAUCCAAAGAGAAGUUUUUGGAUCUGGUCAGAGCCGCGGGCGAUUCUUGA